AUGAAUCUUCAUGUUCCCCAAUCCGAAGAAACACGUGCUGAAGUUAGCCAACUCUGUAUGGUGCCUUUGAAUGUCGUGUCGCCUCAGAAGAAUGGACCUCUCAUGGGCAUUGUCCAAGACACUCUCUGCGGUAUCUACAAAAUGUGCCGAAGAGAUGUAUUUCUCAAUCGUGAACAAGUUAUGAAUAUUCUCAUGUGGGUACCCAAUUGGGAUGGAACAAUACCUACGCCUGCAAUCUUGAAACCUCGACCUCGUUGGACUGGGAAGCAAAUGAUUAGUUUAGUUAUUCCUCCUGGGAUAAAUAAGGUUGAUCUCGCAGGGGGGAAGUGGUCUCCGUUAAACGACGAGGGCUUACUAGUUCAUGGCGGUGAGCUGAUGUUUGGGCUUCUUAACAAAAAGGCGGUCGGACAGUCUCAUUUGAGUUUGAUUCAUAUCAUAUACAACGAGAAGGGUGCCUACCGAUGCUUAGAAUUCUUCAAUGGUUGUCAGACAAUUGUCAAUUACUGGCUGCUCCAUAACGGCUUUAGUAUUGGUAUUGGGGAUACCAUUCCGGAUAAGUUAACUAUCGAGAAGAUUGCAGCGACUGUCAAAGAGAAAAAAGACGAGGUCAAUGCAGUUACUGAUAAAGCUCAGCGCAACGAGCUCGAACCCCUACCGGGAAUGAAUAUCCGUGAUACUUUCGAGAACUUGGUCCAGAAAUCGCUUAACUCUGCCCGCGAUAAGGCAGGUUCUGACACUGAGAAGAGUUUGAAGGACAGCAACAAUGCAAUUCAGAUGGCUCGAUCUGGUUCAAAGGGUUCUAACAUCAACAUCUCUCAGAUGACAGCGGUCGUAGGCCAACAAUCGGUUGAGGGGAAGCGUAUUCCCUUCGGGUUCAAAUACCGCACCUUGCCCCAUUUCACAAAAGAUGAUUAUAGUCCUGAAUCCCGCGGAUUCGUGGAGAAUUCCUAUCUUCGUGGCCUUACCCCUCAAGAGUUCUUUUUCCAUGCCAUGGCUGGUAGAGAAGGUUUGAUUGAUACAGCUGUCAAGACUGCCGAGACUGGUUACAUUCAGAGACGGUUGGUUAAAGCGUUGGAAGACGUCAUGGCCAAAUAUGACGGUACCGUGAGAAAUUCCCUUGGGGAUAUCAUCCAGUUCAUUUAUGGUGAAGAUGGCCUUGACGGAAUCGUCGACGAGAAGCUACAAUUACCCAUCAAUAUCCUUCGCAUCUUGGAGAACGCCCGCACUAUUUUCCGUAUCAAGCAUCGCGCUCGGAGUAAUCUUCAUCCUCUUGAAGUCACUGAAAAAGUCAAAGAACUUGUGAAGAAGCUCGUUUCUCGGUUCGCUCGAGCCGCAGUGCAACCUGGCGAAAUGGUUGGGGUCCUCGCUGCGCAGUCCAUUGGUGAGCCGGCUACUCAGAUGACGUUGAAUACUUUCCAUUUCGCUGGUGUGUCGUCUAAGAAUGUCACUCUUGGUGUUCCUCGGUUAAAGGAAAUUCUCAACGUUGCCAAGAACAUCAAGACUCCCUCUAUGAUGGUUUACCAGGUUCCAGAAAAUACCCACGAGAAGGAAACUGCGAAAGCACUUCGUUCAGCGGUCGAACAUACAACCUUACGGUCAGUCACUGAGACCACUGAGAUUUGGUACGACCCUGAUCCGAGGGAUACUGUCAUAGAAGAGGAUAAGGAGACUGUUUUUGAUGAUAACGCAGAAAUUCCAAAUAUUAGAUGUCGAAUGAAGAAUGCGGACCAAGCCAAAUCUUUGGAUGAGGAGAGUGAUCUUGAAGAAGACACCAUGCUCAAACGUCUAGAGAAUCACAUCCUUGACGAAUUAACCCUCAAUGGCGUACUCGAAGUUGAAGGGGUUGAUACUACCAGAACCUACUCCAACACAUUCGAGGAAAUCUUACAAGUUUUCGGAAUCGAGGCUACUAGAGGUGCACUUCUUCGAGAGUUAAGGCAGGUGUUGGCUUUCGAUGGUUCUUAUGUUAACGAACGACAUCUUGCGCUUCUUUGCGAUGUCAUGACUUCGCGUGGACACCUGAUGGCCAUCACUCGCCAUGGCAUUAAUCGUGCAGACACCGGUGCGCUCAUGAGGUGUUCUUUUGAGGAGACUGUGGAAAUCUUGUUGGAAGCAGCAGCCUCGGGAGAAUUGGAUGAUUGCAGGGGAAUCUCUGAAAAUGUUAUGUUGGGACAAUUGGCUCCUUUGGGGACAGGGGAAUUCGACGUCUUCUUGGACGAAAAGAUGUUGGCCGAGGUGAUUGUUGACAAUUCACGCGUUACCGGUGGAGAAAUACCAGGCAUGGGCAAGGGUGUUCUCGCGGACGGCGCCGCAACUCCUUACGACAGUUCCUCACCAAUGUAUGGUGACCCUUACGUGGGAUCACCCGAUGCCGGUGCCGCGUUCUCGCCUAUGCAACAUACUGGCUCGGAGACGCCAGGUGGAUUGACCGACUACCAAGCCCCUGGGUUCGGAUCAAGCUACGGUGGUGCGGGUGCCAGGAGUCCUCUAACAUAUUCACCAACGAGCCCUUUUGGCACAAGUCCAACCUCUCCGGGCUACUCCCCCGCUUCGCCUGCAUAUUCGCCUACAUCGCCUAACAUGGCUAUUACGAGCCCGGGAUUCAGUGCAGCGUCCCCCAGAUUUUCGCCCGCCAGUCCUGCCUACAGCCCAACGUCCCCUGGAUACUCACCGACAUCCCCAGCUUACGGAGGUGGCCUUGGUGUUGGUGGAUCCCCAACCUCUCCUAACUAUUCGCCAACAAGUCCUAGCUUCAGCCCAACAAGCCCAACAUACAGUCCAACCAGUCCUAACUACUCCCCCACAAGCCCUGCAUACUCCCCGACCAGCCCUGACUACUCCCCUACUAGCCCUGCCUUCAGUGGUGGGGUUGGUAACAGUCAUUCUCCAACUUCGCCGACCAGUCCCAACUAUAGUCCUACAAGCCCUGUCUAUUCUCCUGGCAGUCCCGCUGCUAGCUAUAGCCCGACAAGUCCAACCUUCCAGAGUCCCACUCAGGGGAGUCCGAGGUGGUCGCCGACAAGCCCCGGGCCAAGCUAUUCACCAACAUCCCCUAGAGACCCCCCGAGGAAUUCUUAAUAAGGGGGCUAGAUUUCUGAUUCCGAAAAUAAUUCUUACAUGAAAUGGCUUUUUUUAAAAAGUUUUCCUUUUUUGCUUCAAGUUUUUUGUUUUUGCAUGGGGUAAAACGGAUUCUACAGCUUUUUCCUUUCAUUUCCUUUUUCUUUUUCGUGAUUGAUUGAUGUUUUACUCUUCUCGGAGGUCCGGACAUUUGUUCAGAGGAGUCGUGUUUCUGUAGGCAGGGGUUUCUAGUUGGGGUGGUUAGUGGCAAAGUCAAGGAUUGAUGAUGAGAGAGAGCCAUGCCUAUCGGCUGUAUUAGUACAUGUCAAUAAAACGUGGAAGUUAAUUUGA